UUCCUUCCCGGUACUUGUUGACGUAGGGGGGAAUCCGCCAUAUUGUCUCUGAUACAGCAGAAAUCGCACUUCACAGGACACAUACCGGCGACUGUCCCAAAUUUGACCAUUACAGUUGACAACUGAUCUUCUGGGGGUCUUGUUGAUCACGGGGGCGACGACCACGUGCCCCUGGUGCCCCCUCCCUUGUCCUCAAGUAACCCCUCCCCCAUACCCCUUUCCCUUUUUUAAUCAAACUCCACAUCCCAUACCUUCCCUCGUACCUCUCCCUUCCUGAGCCUUCCGCUGCUGAGGGAAUCCACCACCCACUCUGCCAAGCUGUCGGACAUGUCAGGACCUGUGCCAAGCCGGGCCAGAGUGUACAAUGAGGUCAACACUCACCGGCCGAGGGAGUACUGGGACUAUGAAUCCCACGUUGUGGAAUGGGGGUAAAGUGGUUGUUGCCUGUUUCACUCGAUUUUCAGCAUGUCGCAGCUGCAAUUUCCAACCUGUAUGAUGUACUCACAGUAACCAAGAUGACUUUCAGCUGGUGCGAAAGCUAGGCCGUGGCAAAUAUAGUGAAGUCUUUGAGGCCAUCAACAUCACCAAUAAUGAGAAGAUUGUAGUAAAGAUCCUCAAGCCUGUGAAGAAAAAGAAAAUAAAGCGUGAGAUCAAGAUUUUGGAGAAUUUACGAGGAGGCCCUAAUAUUAUCUCCCUUAUAGACAUUGUGAAAGACCCUGUGACCUCCGAGACCGGAUUGUGUCAAGGCACAAAUCAGGGGAAGGAUACAAAAGAAUUUUAGCAGCAUUGAAGGUCCCGAAAAGCACUGUGGUCUCGACUAUUCGGAAAUGGAAUAAAUUUGGAACCACAAGGACCAUUUCCUAGAUCUGGCCGUCCAACCAAGCUAAGUACCCGGGGGAAAAGGCUCUUCGUCAGAGAUGUGAACAAAAACCCCCUCCUUCUGUUGCAGGAACUGAGCAACUAGUCCGUAUAGAGGGGAAGAUGACCGCUGCCAAAUAGAGAAAUUCUUCAAGAGAACUUUCUUCAGAGUGCUCUGGAACUCAGACUAGGUCGUCCGUUCACCUUCCAACACGACAAUGACUCAAAGUACACAGCCAAGAAGACAAAGGAGUGGCUUCAGGACCGGCCUGUGAAUGUCCUUGAGUGGCCCAGCGGGAGCCCUGACUUGAAUCCAAUCGAGCAUCUCUGGAAAGACCUAAAAAUGGCUGUCCACCGACGCUGCCCAUCCAACCUGACUGUCCUUGAGAGGAUCUGGAGAGAAGAAUGGGAGAAAAUGAUGUGCCAAGCUCGUACAGACAUACCCAAGACUGGAGGCUGUAAUUGCUGCCAAAGGUGCUUCAACAAAAUAUUAAGCCAAGGGCGUGAAUACUUAGUCUCGUACACCUGCCUUGGUCUUUGAACACGUUAACAACACUGACUUCAAGCAAUUGUACCAAACUUUGACAGAUUAUGACAUCCGGUUCUAUAUGUACGAGAUCCUUAAGGCUCUGGACUAUUGCCACAGUAUGGGAAUCAUGCAUAGAGAUGUCAAGCCGCAUAAUGUGAUGAUUGAUCAUGAACACCAUAAGUUACGUCUUAUUGACUGGGGCCUUGCCGAAUUUUACCACCCAGGACAGGAGUACAACGUCAGGGUCGCCUCACGCUACUUUAAAGGACCAGAACUCUUGGUGGACUAUCAGAUGUAUGACUACAGUCUGGAUAUGUGGAGUUUGGGGUGUAUGCUGGCCAGCAUGAUCUUCAGGAAAGAGCCUUUCUUCCACGGCCAUGACAACUAUGACCAGCUGGUGAGAAUAGCCAAGGUCUUGGGAACAGAAGACCUAUACGACUAUGUCGAUAAGUACAACAUUGAGCUAGAACCUCGUUUCAACGAUAUACUUGGAAGGCAUUCCCGCAAGCGGUGGGAACGAUUUGUUCACAGUGAAAACCAGCAUCUGGUCAGUCCAGAAGCUCUGGAUUUCCUUGAUAAGCUGUUGCGCUAUGAUCACCAGACCCGUCUCACUGCUCGUGAGGCCAUGGAUCACCCUUACUUCUUCACCAUUGUGAAGGACCAGUCUCGCGGUGGAGCUGGAGUCGCCAACCUACCCAGUGGGAACCCAGCUGUUAGUACAGCCAGCAUUAUCACUGGUAUCUCUGCCUUGCCAGCUUCUACUGCCCUGGGCCCGCUCACCGGCUCGCCUGUCCUGUCUGGCGCCACCAACGCCCUGAGCUCCCCGCUGCCCACUGCUGCCGGAGCACCCCAGUGACACCCUCAUCAAAUCCAGACGGAGACGGACGGGUGCAACUCUACCAGCUCUCUCUACAUCUGAACUUGUGGCCAAACCUCCUCAAAACCUUAUUCUUUAUUUUUAAAGUAUGUUCUUCCUCUUCUCAUAUAAACAUUCUCUUGUAACAUCUGAAAUGUUCUGUGUAGCUUACAUACACUGAUAUUCAUUUCUACAAAUAUAGUCAUGCAUUCAAGGGGGGAAGCAGUGUGAUCCAAGGUUGUUUUGUUUUGUUGGGGUUGUGUAGUACUUUUAGAAGUACAUUGGCAGAAGGCAAACAAGAAAUAUUCGCCAUCAGGACCAAAAGGAGCACAUCUCGAUAAACGUCUUGCUUCCAAUAUCUCCGAACACGUUGUGUGUCUGCUCAGCCUCCCUGGUAAGGUCUAUUCAGGGGUGCUGGAGAGGAGGGUCCGUCGGGAAGUCGAAUCUCAGAUUCAGGAGGAGCAGUGUGGUUUUCGUCCUGGCCGUGGAACAGUGGACUAGCUCUACACCCUCGGCAGGGUCCUCGAUGGUGCAUGGGAGUUCGCCCAAUCAGUCUACAUGUUUUGUGGACUUGGAGAAGGCGUUCGACCGUGUCCCUCGGGGAGUCCUGUGGUCCCUGUACGACCGGAGUCAGAGUUUGGUCCGCAUAUCCGGCAGUAAGUCGGACUCGUUCCCGGUGAGGGUUGGACUCCGCCGAGGCUGCCCUUUGUCACCGAUUCUGUUCAUAACUUUUAUGGACAGAAUUUCUAGGCGCAGCCGAGGCGUAGAGGGGGUCCGGUUUGGUGGCCUCAGUAUUGCAUCUCUGCUUUUUGCAGAUGAUGUGGUUCUGUUGGCUUCAUCAAGCCGUGACCUCCAACUCUCAUUGGAGCAGUUCGCAGCCGAGUGUGAAGCGGCUGGGAUGAGAAUCAGCACCUCCAAAUCUGAGACCAUGGUCCUCAGUCGGAAAAGGGUGGCAUGCCAUCUCCAGGUCGGGGAUGAGAUCCUGCCCCAAGUGGAGGAAUUCAAGUAUCUCGGGGUCUUGUUCACGAGUGAGGGAAGAAUGGAACGGGAGAUCGACAGGCGGAUCGGUGCAGCGUCUGCAGUGAUGCGGACUUUGUAUCGGUCCGUUGUGGUAAAGAAAGAGCUAAGCCGAAAGGCGAAGCUCUCAAUUUACCGGUCGAUCUUCGUUCCUACCCUCACCUAUGGUCAUGAGCUGUGGGUCGUGACCGAAAGAACAAGAUCCCGGAUACAAGCGGCCGAAAUGAGUUUCCUCCGCAGGGUGUCCGGGCUCUCCCUUAGAGAUAGGGUGAGAAGCUCGGUCAUCCGGGAGGAUCUCAGAGUAGAGCCGCUGCUCCUCCGCAUUGAGAGGAGCCAGAUGAGGUGGCUGGGGCAUCUGAUUCGGAUGUCUCCCGGACGCCUCCCUGGUGAGGUGUUCCGGGCAUGUCCCACCGGGAGGAGACCCCGGGGCCGACCCAGGACACGCUGGAGAGACUCCAUCCUUCGGCUGGCCUGGGAACGCCCCGGAAGAGCUGGAUGAAGUGGCUGGGGAGAGAAAAGUCUGGGCGUCCCUGCUGAUGCUACUGCCCCCGCGACCCGACCCGGAUAAGCGGGAGAGAAUGGAUGGACGUUGUGUGUCUGGUGCUGUUCUGUGCUCCAGAUAUAUGACACUAAUGCUUGAUUAGUCUUUCAAAGCCACCUAGCCAUACCAGCCAAAACAUCGAGACCAAAUCAUCCCCCUUCUUGGUGAGAGACCACACAAACUUGCACACUGUUCUGGACUGCUGGAUGCGGCCCAGUACAUUGAUUUCUUGCGAAAUGCUGCUUUCUAGUUUCUUACAUUACUUCAAGACAGAACCAAAGUUUUACCCCAAUUCAUUGGAAAUAAUAAUGGAACAAACCUGGUUUGAUUUCUCGAUAGAUAAACAUCUUUUAACACUGGGGGGGUUUUUUCUUCAUGCAAAUAAUUUGCUCAUUAACUCUGGAGAGAGAACACAGUAAUAAGAUAAUCCUGGCCAAAACAAGAGGAGGAGUUGUGUUGUCCUGUAGAUUUGGAUGAUGUGGAGUUGCUGUUGGAGACGAAAACGGAAUGUUUUUGAGUCCUGGUUACUGCAUAGACUAUCCAAAGUAAUAUAAGGCACUGGAGAAUAUGUUGGUGCAAAUGUAUCCUUCCCAAAUCUGUUUUACCAAAACCAAGAGUUUUUAUGCACAGCAGGUGAGGAGUUUGCGUUUGUUUUGUGGCCAUGCCCCCAAUGUGUCAAAACCCUCAUGGGUUAAGGUUGACAGUGUGAGUAUUCAGAGCAUUUUGUUCUAAGGAUUCUUGGCACGUGAAUGAAAUACUGUUUCAAUUUGGAGUUUAAAAAAAAAAAAAGGAUAUCAAUCUCUGUUUUUGUGCCACAAUUUGAAAGUGUAAGUUUGUGACCCUGCUGUGUCCCAUCUUUUGUAGACAUGAAAAUGCAAAUAAAUCACAAAGCGUGUACAUUGACUCCCUAUACCACUGUAUAUAUUUGUAUGUCCUUAUGUAGAAGACUAGUAUUUGCAAAUAUUUCUGUAAAUAAACAUUUGUAUUUAUCAGGUA